AUGCUGGGGCUCAUUCCAAAACUUCCUCAGCUGACUCAGGAAGAUGAGGCAUUGAUGUGCUUCUUCAGCACUGCGGUCAGUGUGUAUGGACCAGGUGAGAUCCUCGCUGAUGUUAAGGCCGAGGAACUUGAAGCUGCUUUACCCGCUCACAGGGUCAAGGUCACACAGUACAUACUUACAGUACAGUUUCUAUGUGAAUCUGACUCCUGGAUUUCUGUUGACAGGGAACUUCUUCUCACGCUGGCCCUCGGCCAGGUCUUAUCACUGCUCAUCUGUGGGAUUGGCCUGACCAGCAAAUACCUGGCGGAUGAUUACCACGCAAACACCCCCGUGUUCCAGUGCUUUCUCAACUACAUCCUGCUGUUCCUGGUCUACACCACCACACUCGCAGUCAGGCAAGGAGAAGAGAAUCUGCUGGCGAUACUGAAAAGAAGAUGGUGGAAGUACAUGAUUCUGGGAUUGAUUGAUAUAGAGGCUAAUUACCUGGUCAUCAAAGCCUACCAGUACACCACACUGACCAGCGUUCAGCUGCUGGACUGCUUCGUGAUCCCUGUGGUGUUGCUGCUGUCGUGGUUCUUCUUGUUAGUCAGGUAUAAAGUGCUGCACUUUGUGGGUGUGGGCGUGUGUCUCCUGGGCAUGGGCUGCAUGGUGGGCGCAGACGUCAUGGUGGGCCGACAGCAAGGCCUCGGGGACCAUAAACUCAUGGGGGAUUUAUUGGUUCUUGCGGGUGCGACGCUCUACGGCAUCUCCAACGUAUGUGAGGAGUUCAUCGUAAAAAACCUGAGCCGGGUCGAAUUCCUGGGAAUGAUGGGUCUCUUUGGCUCCUUCUUCAGUGGUAUCCAGCUGGCCAUUAUGGAGCACAAGGAACUUCUGAAGGUCCAGUGGGACUGGCAGAUUGGUAAGCUGGUGAUUUUGACUGUUUAAACACUUGGGGCCCUG